AUGAAGGCUGCUCCGCUGCUCGUCUCCUGGCACAAUGAAAACGCUCCCAUAUAUUCGGCCCAUUUCGAGCCCCAUGGUAAGGGACGGCUGGCCACUGCAGGCGGCGACAACAAUGUUCGACUAUGGAACGUCGAGUCUCAGGGUGACGAGCGAAAGGUCACCUAUCUCUCCACUCUUGUAAAGCACACCCAGGCGGUCAACGUCGUGCGAUGGUGUCCACGAGGCGAGAUGCUUGCCAGCGCGGGCGACGACGGCAAUGUUCUACUAUGGGUUCCCGCCGAAAACCAGACCACACACAACUUCGAAGAGGGCCUGGAAGACAAAGAGACAUGGCGAGUCAAGGCAAUGUGCAGGUCGAUAGGAUCGGAAAUCUACGAUCUUGCUUGGUCUCCCGACGGUGUCUUCUUCAUCACAGGCAGCAUGGAUAACAUUGCUCGCAUCUACAACGCGCAGACUGGAAGUAUUGUACGGCAAAUCGCAGAACACAACCACUACGUUCAGGGCGUGGCAUGGGAUCCCAUGAAUGAGUACAUCGCGACGCAAUCGUCUGACCGAUCUGUGCACAUUUACACCUUGAAGAACAAGGAUGGCCAGUUCUCGCUUGCACAGCACAGCAAAGUCACCAAGAUGGAUCUGCCAGCUCGUCGUGUGUCGUCGAAUAGCCCUGCACCACCAGACUUUGGUGGUAGAGCUUCUUUUGCGGGAGACUCGUACGCAGUUGGCUCUCCUGUCCCAUCAAUGCCCGGCACCCCACAGUCGCUAGCUCUGCCCACUAUGCACGCCCCUCCCACAUCACACAGUCGCCGUACGUCGUUUGGUUCCUCCCCAUCGAUGCGUCGCUCAGCCUCGCCGGCUCCAUCGAUGCCUCUGCCAGCUGUCAUGCCAAAUUCCCCGAGCAUUGGCAGUAUUGGCACUACGGGUGUCAGAAAUGCCCCCAUCUACUACAACGAAACUCUUACUUCGUUCUUUAGGCGUCUCACCUUUGCUCCAGAUGGUAGCUUGCUCUUCACCCCUGCCGGACAGUACAAGGCAUUGCACCCCUCCAUUGGCGAGGCAAAGCCGGCAGAAGACAUCACCAACACUGUCUACAUAUAUACACGUGCCGGGCUCAACAAGCCUCCUGUUGCCUUCCUCCCUGGUCACAAGAAGCCUUCGGUAGCGGUACGAUGCUCACCAGUUUACUACACCAUACGCCAACAUACUCUGCCGACUAAGCAGAUUACCAUUGACACAUCGUCGGUCGAUGAUGAGAUUCCUUCCCUACCGGAGCCCAUGAUGGGUGCAAUGGCAUCAAGGCCACCGACUUCACAUUCCUCAAUGGAUCCCCCACCACCGACAAGCGCUCCCUCACCUUCACCUAGUAUGUCGGCGCCCUCACCAAAGCCUGUUGACAGUGAUACUACUGCCGGUCCGCCUGCCGGCCCGACACCGGCCUUCAGCCUUCCCUACCGUAUGAUAUACGCCGUAGCGACGCAGGAUGCCAUUCACAUCUACGACACGCAACAGCAGAAACCGCUGUGCAUUGUGAGCAAUCUUCACUUUGCUACUUUCACCGACAUCACCUGGUCGAACGAUGGUAGCACACUGCUCAUGUCGUCUUCAGACGGGUUCUGUUCUUCGAUAACGUUUGCGCUUGGAGAGUUGGGAGAGAAAUACACAGGGCCAUUGGCGAUUCACAGCCGACAACAGCACACCCCUUCAGCCAUCAACACAUCGGCGACCCAAGUCUCGAAUCACUCUACUCCGACUCCUACUCCCACUACGGGAAGCAUGUCUGCAGCUGCCACUGCCACAGCACCACCAAUGCAGAGGCAACCAUCAGCUGGCUUCCCGGCUUCGCCAAGCUCUUUUGUGCCAGCAAGACCUGGCAGCCCAACAAGAAGCAAUUCGGUUUCUAGUAUCGCCACUGCUUCAUCCUUUGCGCCUGGUGCAGGUGAUUUAGGCAACAUGAACGCUCCCACUCCAGCGAUGUCAUCGGUACCCAGCUUAGCAGCCGCAAACUCGGGCCCUGUGCCCAUGUGGACACCGCCUCUCACACCUGCGCACGGACAAGGAGGCUCACAUAGCGCUAGCAGCUCUGUCAGCGGGAUUCCGCACACCGGUCACGUUGGCCGACGAGAGAGCGAGAGGAGCGAGUCUGAUCGCGAUGAGGCGCUGGCAGGCUCGAGGAAGAGGGAUCUUCAGUCGGUACCGGAGAUGGAAGAGACGCGCGAGCACAAGAAGCGGCGGAUUGCACCGACACCCAUUGCCAUGACGGACGAGGGCGACGACGCAAUUGCCAGCACGGAGGAGCAUACGCCUGCUGUUUGA